AUGGUCCUUUCAGACUCUCUGCUCCUCCGCAUCGCCGUCCCAUUUGGGUCCCGAUCAACGGCCUACUGCUCCUUCGACGGAAAAGGUCGUGUCGAACUCCGCCAAGGUGACUACGUCACCGUCGAAGCAAGCCAAUACCCAUUCCCAACCGUCGUCUCCGACAAUGGAGAGUGGUUCCAGAGCAUCCAGCGAGCUCUCCGCUGGAACACCCGAGGCGCAGUCCAGAAAAGCUGGCACAGCGGUGGCGACGCUUCCAUGGAUCCAGAUGAUGAAGAGAACGAGGAUGAAGAGUGGGAUAUCGACACCGAUGCCGGGUACAACGGUACCGAUAGUGGCCUUGGGCCGAGCGAAGACGGCGACACCGGAUCGAAUAGUCCGAUGAAGCGGCAGAUGAGUAUGCUUAGCAUGUAA